AUGAAAUCGCUGAUUAAGCAGCAGCUUGUCCAGCAGGAGGAUGUGGCAGUGCUCCAGCCUGUGUUCUCACUGAAAUAUGCACAACGGCAACCUUUGUCUCGCCCUCGACAACGACUAUCACAACCUGUGUCCCAACACCCACCUGCGCGGGAGUCUACUCAUCUUGUGAAUUCGGCACCCCGAACGACCAAUGCUGCUCGGGCUACUGCGCGGCUAACAAAUGUCGAUCGACGGAUGAUGACUGGCCGUCUUGCAGAGAGGAUGGUGGGCCUUGCGUUGUCGAUGAACACUGUUGUUAUGGAAAUUCUUGCAUAA